AGUCACCUGAGAGUUGCCUAUAAAUUGGCAAUUGGCAUCCCAUCACAAACACACACAGUUCCAUAAAUUCAAGAAAAUAAAAAAUGGGAGCUCAAAAUUUCACAACCCCAACCUCAAAUUCACACAAUGCUCUCACAUUUCUCCUCCCAAUUCUCCUAUUGAUCUUCAUGCCAAACAUGCACACAACAUUGGCAACUUCUUCUUCUUCUCAGACCUACAAAACCUACGUCAAAACUGCCUGCAACACAACCACAUACCCACUCAUUUGCUACAAAUCUCUCUCCUCAUACGCCUCCAAAGUCAAAUCCGAUCCUCAUAAGCUUUGUACCUAUGCCCUCUCCGUUACCCUAAAAGCAGCAAAAAACGCCUCUUCUGUAGUUUCAAAGCUUUAUAAAAAUACAGGAUUAACCCCAUCCGAGAAAGGGGUGGUCAAGGAUUGUAUAGAGAAUAUUAAGGACUCCAUUGACGAGCUCAAACAGUCGGUGAGUUCCAUGAGCAAUUUGGGGGUUUCGGGUUCCGACGUGCAAUUACAAUUGGAUGAUAUAAAGACUUGGGUGAGCGCCGUCAUCACGGACGACGCUACUUGCACGGAUGGAUUUGAUGGUGUGAAGGUAAGCACCGCGGUUAAGACCGCCAUCAGGAACAGCAUUGUGAAUGCUGCUAGGUUGGCUAGCAAUGCUCUUUCUCUCAUAGACAGCCUCAUUUACUAGUUCAACCUAUACCCUUUGUAUUUCCUUGACUUUUUUUAUUUAUUAUUUUAUUUUACUUUGGUUGAUAUAGAAAGUUUACAGAUUUUAUAAUUUAUGUGUGUGUUUAAUGUAAUUAAAAGUUGUGUGAAAUGGUUUUGCGACAGUUGGAAGAGUGGUUUGUAUACUACUACUAGUAUAUGUAAUGUUGUACAACAGAGGGAGUUUUGAGCAAUUUGAUAACAAAUAAGCAAAGCCCCUUAGUCCCCCAUGUUGAUCAAAGAUCCCAUCUAUAGUAAUUGGCGAUCGACAGAACUUUUAUUCUAUAGUUGUCUUUUAACAUUUUUGUUUCCGGUGCAUAA